CUCCAUCGGACAUCGGGGAAUACACUUCGGACACUGCGGACAAUGAGAUACGAUAAGGCCCACCAGACACGCCGAGGAUUUCCAAGCAGCGGCUGUACGAUCCCACCGCUCACUAAAAAAAGAUGAACGAAUGGUAGAUACGCUAUAACGCGUGAUAGCGACAUCGAUUCUCAAAUCCAUACUACGGCGUACAUCUCUGCCUGCUGUGUGUGAUGAACGCUUUGGUUUUGUGUAGUGACUGGUUUCGAUGCCGUCAGGUCACGAGUUUGAUCGAAAGAAAACGGUAUAAUUGUCAAUCCGGCAUAAUAGUGCGUAGCGACGAGCAAUUACUGUUGUCAUCUGCUUUCCUCAAAGAGCCUCGAUAGAAAAUGACGGGCGACUAAAAAGUCUUCAUAAGACAAAGAACCACAAACUAUCAUUCCCAACCUCCCUCCCCUAGUUGAUCAAAACCGACAAACCUGGUCAAAGAUGUCGUACAAGGAAGACAAGGACCUUGAAGAAGAAGGAGGCGAUGCUCCUCAGGCCAUCACCACCCUGAUCGAAGAGGUGUACAUCAACAAGUACACUUUCACCGAAGAAGAAAGCCGAUCACUUGUUCGUAAACUGGACUGGCAUAUCCUGCCUUACAUUUGGUGGUGUUACAUCUUCAACUCCCUCGAUCGAUCCAACGUGUCCAACGCCAAAUCCGACGGAAUGCCUACCGAUCUCAACUUUCCUGACGAAGGUUACGCCAUCAUGCUCUCCGUCUUCUAUGUCCCCUUCUGUCUCCUUGUCGUACCCAGCGUAAUGCUCACCAGGAAAAUCGGGCCCAAAUGGACGAUUCCGGGUUACAUGAUCGGGUGGGGUGGGAUGGCGAUGGUCAAUGCCGGGUGUAAGAAUUUUGCUGGAGUGCUUGCUGUCAGACUCUUGCUGGGUGCUUUUGAGGCUGGGUUUGCGGCUUCCCUGAUUUUUUACUUGACCACUUUUUAUACUCGUUCGGAACUGGGCAAGCGUAUUGCAGUUUUCUACUCUUGCAAUGCCCUGUCGGGUGCAUUCUCAGGCCUUAUCGCUUAUGGAGUCUUCCAAAUGGACUCUAAACUCUGGGGUUGGCAAAUCCUCUUCCUUAUCGAAGGCGCAUUCACCGUCGCGUUCGCCAUCCUUACCGCCUUCAUGCUCCCCUGGUCUCUCGACGAGGCGCGGUUCCUUGAUGAGCGAGAAAGGGAAGUAGGCAGGCUGAGGGUGUUGAAAGAUGGGUCGAGCAAGACGGGAACAAAGUUCAACGUGAGAGAGUUUUUCAAACCGCUAAAGGAUCCGAGGUUCUAUGCUUUUGCUAGUAUCGCGAUCUGCUACGGUUGCGCCGCCUCCAUGGCAGGCAACUUUCUCACCCAAAUCAUUGGCCGCUUCAAUUACUCCACCGUCAAGACCAACUUGUUCACCGUCGCCCCUUACGUCGUCGGUACCAUCUGUCUCCUCCUCACCUCUUGGUCAUCCGACCGGUUCCGUGAACGCGGAUUCCAUCUUGCUUCCUCUUUUGUCCUCGUCCUGAUCGGAUGUAUCAUCCUCAUCGCUAUACCCGUCAGUCAAGUGGGCGCAGGGUACUUUGCAACAUUCUUGAUCACCGCUGGAGCAUUUACCCCACCCGUCCUGUUCCAUACAUGGCACCAAUGCAAUGAUGCGAGUGAAGACGGUCGAGCGUUCCGCGUCGGGUCCUACACCUUCCUGGCGAACACCGGCGGUAUCGUCUCCGCCAACAUUUUCCUCGACAAAUGGGCACCGGCGUACCGCGAACCGCUGGCCAUCACCGUCGGUAUUGAGGCCUUGGCACUCGGACUGGUCAUCGCGUUGAGAAUGUGGAUGUACUUGGACAACAAGAAGCGAAACAAGGCGCAAGGAGUGAAUUGGCAGUCCAAGGAUGUACCUACCGAGGCUCUCGCGGAUGGGCUGAAGAAUCCUGUUUUCAGGCAUUUCUACUAAAGUUGUCGGUUUCAAGUACGUUCAAACAAGUGUUGUCGGAUAUUAUGCACCUUUUUUUCAAAAUUAU